AUGUUGUUCCCGUCGUCGCCCGCGCGGGGCGCGUCGUCCCCCGGCGACGGCGGCGGCGUGUUCGUCCCCCCGGAGCUCGAGAGCAUGCUUCAGACGACGUCCCCGAAGACGGCGAAGCACGUCCUGUCCCGCGCGGCGUGCGACGCGCUCGCGGAGGUGCGUCGUCGUCGUCGCGUCGCGUCGCGAGAAUUCUUUCGUUCGUUCCUUCGUUCAUUCCUCUCCAUUUCACUCGUCGUCGAUCCCACCCCUCCGCGCUCGCUCACGCCCCACCCCUCCCCUCCUCGCGCGCAGCUGAACGACCGGCUGAACGACGCGCGCUCGAUGCACGCGCGCGCGGAAGAGCGCGCGCGUCUGUUCCAGCUCGAGCGCGACCGCGCGGUCGCGGACCUCGAGACCUCGGAGCUGAAGUGGAGCGAGCUACACGACGCGGUCGUCCGCGAGAUUCAGGCGCGUUCGUGA